AAAAAAAUAUAGUUACAGCAAAGAGAAUGCGGAGAGAAGAGAUACUUUACACCAAGUAGAAGAGAGUAAUUAACAUAAUGGUUUAAAAUUUAGUUAAAAGCAGCCAUUCAAUUUGCUCUUUUCACUCAGUCUAGCCUGGCAACUCGUUUAAAGCGGACAUAUUAAACGGAUAAAGAAAUACAAACUAAAAAAUUAAAGAUUAUUUUAACAAAAUUUCUAAAGCGUGUGAGCAAGAAAAAAAUUUUAUAUAUAUACUAAGUUAACCAGAGAAAAAAAUUAUAUGUAUAAUAUAGAAAAGAAAAAGCUUGUGAAAAAAAUUUAAAUUGAAAAUUUUACAUGUUUUAAACAAAAUACCUAAGUAAAAUUAAACAAAAUAUAAUAAAUACAACUAAAUAAUAAAAUAAACAAAUAAAAGUUACAUAUAAUAUAAAGAAAAAAUAUUUUCUUUUGAAAUAAAAAAAAAUUCCAUACAAAAAUUUCUCAACGUAAGUUCGAGAUUGUGUAUUUAAAAGAAGAAAAAAAAACCAAGCAAAAAAAUAUAGAUCUGAUUUUUUGAUUUUAAAAUUUAUUUUUAAAGUGGUGAUAAAAAAAAUUCAUACAUACCCGUUUGAAUAUAGACCACUAAGGAAUUGAAAAUAAUUGAAAGAAAUUAGCAGAGCUUCCCCACAUUCCAUUCGCAACAAUUGGGUUAGGAAUUAUUUGGGGUUAUAUAUUUAAAACCGAAAAACGUCGGACAAUUGUUUAAACUGUUUUACGUGGAAGGGAAUGGUAUAUUUUUUGGGGGACUGGGGCAUGGGAGAUUCUGACUGUGCGUCAUAUCAUCAACAUGUUCCAAAUACAAUACAACAGCAGUUUCAUCAUCAGCAACAGCAUCAUCACCAUCAUCAUGAGCAACAGCUACAGCAACAACAACAACAGCAACACAACCAACAACAGCAACAUGUUGGACAAAUUGCUCCUAAUCUAAAUCAAUUGUCUCCCAUACAAUUUGGCAGCACAACUGGUUCAGCGACUUUUCUAAGUCAUACAGAUGAUACACAUCCAACAACAGCAACAACAGCGACAUCUUCGGUAUCAUCAUUAACAACAACACCACAAAAUGUUGCCACUAGCUCUUUGGUCACUGCCAAUUUGCAACAGUUGUCUGUGAGCAGCAAUAACUUAAGCCACUGUGUCGUGGAUGCACCUUUGAAAACAUUGGCCAACGUUGCUGCCGAUCUAAACAAUCAACAAGCACAUCAGCACCAACAACAGCAGUCACAUCCCUUGGCUAGUGCCGCUGCUGCGCUGCAUCAGUAUCUGGGUCAUCAACGCCAACGUUCGGAAUCGUGUGCUAACUUUACUACAACUGCAGCUGCUACGUCGGGCAAAACAAAUAAAAAUGCUGAUACCACAAUUACCAACAGCGCCAACAAUAAUUCUACCAUUACGGGUAAAAGCAGUUGUAACAUCAAUAUCAAGAACCAUUUGGGAUCUAUAACGUCACAUCAACAAUUACAAACGCAAUUGAGUAAGGAUCAUUUGGAGAGUGAAGAUGAAGUUGCUCUACAGCCCUUAUCUAAUCAGGUUGGAGGCCAUACCCGCCUAUUGUUGCUUAAUCAAUCGACUGUUAUAAAACCGUUAAAUUUGCGUGAAUUGGAUUUCUAUCAAAACAUUCCGCAGGAUAUACAGAAGUUUGUUCCCAAAUACAAAGGUGUUAUGCAAGCAACAACAAUGGGUGGUUGUAAAUUGGAGAAACGUUAUUCGCCCAGUUUCCGCGAGGAGCCCCAACGCAAGAUGAGUGCCUCAAAACGUAAAAGAGAUGAUAUUUUAAGAAUGAAAGUUCACAAAAAUGGUAAUGCGGCGGAUGUUAUUAAGAGCAUAGCACAAUUGGAUAAUUCCAAUAAGCAAUAUUUCCUUAUGUUGGAAAAUAUAACAUCACAGUUUCGCAAUCCCUGUAUACUGGAUUUGAAAAUGGGCACACGUCAACAUGGUGAUGAUGCAUCCGCUGAGAAACGUACCAAACAAAUGGCCAAAUGUGCUGCCAGCACUUCAGCCUCAUUGGGUGUACGUUUGUGUGGCAUGCAGACGUAUCAGGCACAUUUGGAUCAGUAUGCCAAGCGUGAUAAAUACUGGGGGCGUGAGUUGAAUGAAAUGGGCUUUAAACAGGCUUUACAUGAUUUCUUCUACAAUGGUUAUCGUUUGCGUACACGUGUUAUCAAGAAGAUUGUGCAGCGGCUAUUGCAAUUGCGUCGUGUUAUUGAAAAGCAAUCCAGUUAUAGAUUUUAUUCCUGCUCACUCUUAAUUGUGUACGAAGGUUAUGAAGAUAAUCCCACGGACCAUCCAAUGGACUUUGAUGAAUGGGCCACACCAGCCACACCCACAAAGAAUACCAAAAAAUCUGCCACAUUUGAUUUUCAUCCAGACAAUAGCAUCGACGACGAUGAUGAGGAUGAUAUUGUAGAUGAGGAUGAUCACGACCGCGAUCAAGAUCAUGACGAGGAUGGUCAUGAAGGUGGCGAUGAAUUGGAGCCGCAUGACACAGAUGAUGAUUUACAUUUGCAGGCAGCAGACAGUGGCAAUGCUUCGGCUACCAAUAGCAGCACAGGCAUUGAUCAAUGUUGUUAUGAUGCCGAUGCUUCAAAUGAUUCAAACACAGCCGAUAUGAAUCUCAGAACCCGCAUUAGACACCUGAAUAAUGCAACAGCAAGAUCAGAGUCGUCCACAGCAACCACACCAACAGCCACUGUUUCUCCAGAAGGGUUCAGACAGCAACAACAAACAGCUCGUGAUUUUGGCGAACACAUUGAGAGGGGUGCUAAACACAAUGCAUCUUCGUCCUCGGAAACGGAAGAGGACCAUCCGAAUGCUUUGAUGAUAGACAAUGAUAGUAGAUCGAUGCCACCACCACCUCCAUUAGCCGGUUCUAAUGUUAUGGGCCUUAAGUCAAUGGAUUUAUCAAGACCCACGGCUUCCUCUACGCCCACCACACCCGCACCUUUCAUUCCCAUAUCCGAAGAUACAGUAUUCCUCGAUCCUGAACCACCAAUGCCCAGUAUAGCCACAUCCUCGCCCCACUCGGGUGACUCGUGGAUGAACUACAGCAGCAAUAGUAGCGAUGAUUUUUCAGGACUGUCGGAACAAAUUAAAGCGGUUACUAGUGGUCGCCAAACGGGCAAUAACAGCUCGGACGAAGCUUCCUCGGACUAUGACAGCAGCAUUAUCAGUCAAACGGAAGUGAUGAUGAAGCGUUACAAAACCCAACAAGAUGCAUUUGAAACAGCAGUCGCAGCGGCAGCUGUAGCCAAAGUAGCAACACCGCCACUAACUCCCAAAACCCUGCUACACAAAAACCUAAAUUCCGCUGCUGUCACAACAGCUUCACCCACAUCUUCGACCACGUCGUCCUUGAAAUCGGUAAAAGGUGCUGUCAAACGUUUGCGUUGCAAGGACGACGAUGAUGAUGACGACGACGAUGAUGACCACAAUCAUCAUCACCUGCUGCUCCACCAUCAUCACCACCAGAGCAAUGACAAACUAGAUGGACGUGAAUCAAAAGACUUGGUCAAAAAAUCAUCAGUAGCUAAAAAAUCGACCACCAAUGCCACAGCAUUGUCCUCAUCGACUCCCGUGUCCAUAAUGAGUUCACCUGCUAAGACACAAACAAUACCUGCCACAACUGAUGUUAACAAAACUACACAAGCACAAAUCAAACAAGACCUAGAAAUGGCUGGUAAUCUUAUGGAUACCACUCCCAACCUAACAGCAGCUGCAACAGUGACAACAACCACAACAACAACGACAUUGGCGUCAUCAGCGAUAACAACAACAGCAACGCCCCUAAGUAGAGCCACCACUGAACUGCAACAGCAAAUUCAGCAGCAACAGGAAAUCAAAGAAAUUUCUAAAUCAAAGAAAUUCCUGCAACAUGCCUCCAAAUCAUUAGACAUUGACACCAAGAUGCAGCUCUGCGAUGAUAUGCACUGUUUGGUGGAUGUAAGACUCAUUGAUUUUGCCCACACAGCUUUUAUGCCACGCAACAGUUCAGGAUUAUUUCCCCAACCACCCACCACCAUACAUCAUGGGCCAGACAAUGGCUUCCUAACCGGGCUAGACAGUCUAAAUCGUCUGCUAAACGAAAUUCUUAGCGAGGAAAUAACGUGUUGAAUGUGUGUAUAUGUGUGCGAAAAAGUAAAACAAAUAAACACUUGGACAAUUAUUUAAAAGCUGAUGUGAUGCGCCUUUUUAAAAGGCCACCACCCAGCUAGAGUAGAAGAUUAAAAAACUUUGUAAAUUGAAAAAAAAGUUUUCCCUGAAAGGUUUUCUCGUUGAAAAUUUAAUUUUGAAAUGAAACUGUUUCAUUUUCUUAAUUUAUUUUACCAAAACACACCCCCUACCCUGCCAGAACCCUUAAAAUCAAAUUUAAAAGGUUAUGUACUAUAUUCUUUUUGUAGAAAACACAUCAACAAAUUAUUGAGUUUUAAAAAGCAAAAUAAACCGUACCGUGUAACCUGUAAAUUGUUUUUAUCUCACAAACUUAAUGAGUGAAAUUCAUGCCAAUGUGAUACUAUUCAAAACAACAACAAAAAUAUAAAAAUAAAUAAUACAACCCCCCAGAUAUUUUUUAAUUAUUAUUAAGACAUAUUUGCAUAAUUAUUAUUAUUAUUAUUUUUUUAACAAAAAAGAAACAAUUUUGAAAAUAAAAAGAAAAUCCUUAUUAAAAACAAACAACAAACAAGAAA